GUAAUCAGAGGCGGCAGAUCAUACUAGCCCGCACCGGUCCAACCGCCGACGUGAGGCCGGCAGCGUAGACUUGCGGCGGCUUAAAAAUCGAUUCAGUCCGUGUUUUGACGCACUGCAUGAAGACACACCUUCGCUGGAACGUCAGGGGAUCUCUCGCUACCAGACUGCGCCGGCUCGGAUUUGUGUACGUACGUGUUUGCGUACAGGAAUGCUACGGCUAACAGAUCGACGAUAAACAUAAAAGGACAGUGAUGUACUGGAGCUUGUAAAGAUCAUCACUUCCGGGUUGCAAAGAUUGCAGUGGAUUUUUUCAGUACGUGCAGCCGGCACCAUGAUGAUUCGGUACGCCAUUAUCUAUGCUUGUUCAACUUCAAGGGCGAGGAACGCGGGCAAGCCAUGGAGCUGCAGUGGACUGGCGUAUCGAGCAAUGUCAACGAAAGUACCAGAAAGGAACAAGGAGCGGAGCUUCAUCAUGAUCAAGCCUAACGGCGUCCAGCGCGGGUUGAUAGGCGAGGUCAUCAAGCGCUUCGAGCAGAAGGGCUACAAGCUGGUGGCCAUGAAGUUCAUGCAGGCUUCAGAAGAACAUAUGCAGAAGCAUUACACCCACCUGCAGUCAAAGGCGUUCUACCCUGGUCUGUGCAAGUACAUGUCAAGUUCACCUGUUGUUCCAAUGGUGUGGGAAGGUCUGGAUGUGGUGAGGACUGGACGUGUAAUGCUGGGAGAGACCAACCCUGGUGACUCCCUGCCAGGCACCAUACGUGGAGACUUCUGUUUACAUGUCGGAAGAAACCUUGUCCACGGCAGUGAUUCCAUUGAGAAUGCAAAUAAGGAGAUUGCACUGUGGUUCAGAGAGGAUGAAAUUGUGACCUACACCGCUGGCCAGUAUGACUGGGUGUACGAUGACUAGAACACCACCGUCUGUCACAAGCCAAGUCAGGGCCUGGAACAGAUUGUAUCACAAUCAUAAUGUUAUAUGAAUACCUCCCUUAAUAUAUUGUAUUUUCCAUACAAACCUGCAAUUCACUGUAGUCUGUUCCAUUCAGUACAAUGUGCUGCACAAAUGGUGGAGGUCUACUCUGCACAUCAUGCCAGUAUUAGGUAGGGUUUAUUUCUAUUUUAUCAAUUUUGGCUCCAAUGUAAAUGUCUUGGAAGUAAUUUAACUGUAGAUCUGUAAAUAGAAAAGUCUGUAAGGUGUAAUUAUCGCUCACAGAUGGUUUAUGCUAAAUUUUGUAUCAUGCUUGUAGAUGGUACAAUAUGAAUUAUGACUAAGUGUACAAAAAAUACACUUCCCAUGUGUUGUAGAGGUAAUAAAGGUACUGAAAGUCAUGUUUAUUAUACAAAGUACAAAAGCUGCUAUAGGUCUGUAUCAUGGUUGGUGCUAUUGGAGCAUGGCAGCUCAGGUUUUAUCCAGACUAUUUUGCAAUAUUACUCAAUGUACAUAGAUGAAAGUAAAUUAUUGAGUUGUAGAUAUUCAUUUAGUAUGGCCUAUAACUAUCUUGAAUGUGACAAGGUACUAUAAACAGUGAAAAACAUAAUCAUGCAUACUAUCAGUACACAGCUUGCAUGUAGUAUCUUCCUCACAAAGUACAUAUGUAGUAUAUUAGACUAAUUAUGCAUCAAACAUAUCAACCUACUCUAGUGCACAACCAUGUAAUUUUCCCUGCCAACAUUUGUAGUCUGUUUGCUGCCUUCCACAGAGCUGUAAUAAGUAAAACUAUCACUAGGUGGCGCUGAGUGAUGGUCUGUAUUUGCACCUCAUUAUGCUACUCCAGUCAUUACGGACAAAUGACCAAAUCAUUGGCAGGUGAAACUACACUAUACAUGGAUAUGUAAAAAA